ACAACCCAGAAGAAGGAUAGGCAUCCAGAGAGUGCAAAAAAAUAUAUAAUAAAUAGCACUCUCUUCUUUGAAUCUUAAAGAGAAUUCACAUAAAAUACAAUAUAAAUCAAGUUUACCUUACCUUUUUCAUCUUCCGUUUAUGAAUGCUGACUGCCUUGAGGAGCUUUUUUUCCUGCAUUUUUUAGGAAACAAUGAACAAACAUAGAACAUUUUCUUCUCCAGAAUUAGCACCAGAUGUUUCUCCAAGUCUGCCGGAGGAUCAUAGCUUAGAAGGUAUUGCUGCCAAUGUAAAGUUGCUGCUGAAACUAAUUCAAGAUCAUAACGAGGCAAGUACAAAGGAUCAAGAUGAUCGGAAAACGCAGAGGGUGGCAGGCAUGAUAAGUAUUAUAGAUGAUGUUAAAACAAGGAUACAAAAAUCUCAAUCUGUUAGAAGAACUGCUGAGCUUAGGCGAUGCUUCACAGAUUUGAAGCUUAACCGUCCUCCCAAGGACAAGAGGACUACUGAGGUUCCAACCGAUGAGAAAGAGAAGCUGAGAAAACAGCUUACAGAAAGCUUGGCAGCUCGAAAGAGCCUAGAAGUUAUAUGUAAAAGCUUGGGGAAGGAGAAGGAGAUUAUGGCCACAGAACUGGCAAAAAAGGUUCAUGAAUUGAAUGAAUUGGAGGAACAUAUCAGUGACCUUAAAGCUCAGAAUGAAAUAUUGCUGGGAAAAGUACAACAUUAUGCAGAUGAGCAAAAAGAGAAGAAGAGUAAUGGAAUGGAGAUACAGGGAAAUGCAGCGCUGCAAGAGCGUAAUAAGACACUUUCAGAGCAGCUCUUAAGGACACUUGACGGGUAUAAAUCCUUGAAGAGGAAAUACCAAGAUGCAAAAGAAAAAAACAUAGCAAUGAAGGCAACAAUAGAGAAAACAGGGAUUGAGGUAGCAGCUGGGGUGAAUCGAUUAAAGGGAUUGAGGCAACUAAUAGCCACAGAGGAAAAGCCAGCCAAGGUUGAAGCUGAGAUUUCAGCAUUGGAGACUACGUUUCAGGGUCUCAAGACUAGACUGGAAAGCAUGUAAAAAAAUAAUAAUAAGAGUGAAGCUGGUAAAUCCAAAGCUUAGGUCAGUGGCAGGAAGCCUUCAUACUUCUCUUGCAUGAGAAGAAAGAACUUUGCUUUUGAUUCUUAAUGGUGAUGGGGAAACAAAAAUUAUAUGCAUUUCAGAAUCAUCAAUAAGAGGAGCAGUCUAAUGUGUCAAAAGUAGAAAUUAUUAGUGGCUUUUCUAAUUAUGGAGCAAUUGCAGUUCCCUAUCUCAGAUUUCUAGCUAUAGUUUAACACAUACUAUCUUCUAAGGUUGUACAGUUCCUCACUUCUGGAAUUAUAUUAAGGUGUAUUUGAUUUUCAUUUGUGGAAUCUUCAUAAA